AUGCACUGCGCAGCCACGGCCUCAAUGGAAAAGUGCACGAGACAAGUGGCCCGGUGUCGUUUUCUCGUGAGGGGAAGGGCGAAGGAAGGCUUGGAAGAAGAGGAUGACGGCAAGAAGCUGGUCAACGGGACUGAACGAAAGAACGACCGGAUGAACGACCAGACGUCGCUCAAAGCGACGACUUCAGCCGACUUUUGUGGUGGAACUGACUGCGGCGUGAAUGGCAAAGCUGCUGCUGGGUCAACAGUUGGCUACGCGAUUCGACAACGCGACGACAAGACGCAAAAACGACAAGAACAGGGACAAGGACAGGCAGACCCGAGAGAUGGAGAAGAGAGAGAGAGAGAGAGACGAGGGGGCAAGGCAAGACUCGAGGGGGAGCGAACAAGCUCCAAGUAG